AUGAGGGCGCAGCACGCCCGAGCCGAGUCUGCCUCGGCGACGAUGAGGCGCCCUCCCUCUCCUUCCAGCUCCUCGUCUUCCCCUUCAGCGACCAGGCUUCCUGGCCCAGCGAGGAUUCGUAACCUCAGAAGCGCCCUGCGCGGACUGUCCAUCUCCGACCCAAGUCCUCCGACCGUCUCCCCUCGGGCGCCCCUUUCACCAUUGACGAGCAUACCUUGGACCGGGACGCGUCGACCUGAAUGGUCGCCGCAGCACAAGCCGUCCUCGAACAGUUAUGUGCUGGAACCUUCGCCCCAGAAGAACGACAUCAGUUCAGCCAGCUGGCACGCAUCGGAAGAGGCGACGAACAGGGCGCUUCUGGAGGGCAAAGUCCGCCAGUUGAAGGGCUAUACACAGAGGUUGCGGGCAGCCCGUAUCCCUGGAUCGGACCCCGGCUCUGUGGACAGCGCAUACGAGGAAUUCGCGAGAGUCAGAGAUGAAGCGGCAGAGGCGGUUGGGUCACUGCUAGCUGCGCGCAACGCGUCCGGGGCGGCGAGUAGAUCCCGCCGUGCCAGGAACGGAUCGGUCGCGGAGACGGUCGAGAGGCUCGAGUCAUUGAGGAUAGCUCAUGGAAAUGCCAACGCUGAUGGUGAGGUGGACACCCUGAAGGCUUCGUUCAGUACUCUUGGCCUUGGUGACUCUUCCUUCAUGCCUACAGGCCCUAUUGAUGAGGAGAAGACACCAUACGACAGGGGCCCGGCCGUGUUGAACAGUCCCGUCCAGAAUGAUCCCUCACUUACAGCUGUGCGAGACUGGAGAGCAGCCCUCGUGAAGCUGCUACAGUCCCACAGAAGGAGCCUAGCAGCGACGUUACAGGCCUACGAUCGAGAUGCGACGCUCGAGGUAACAGAUCGGGCCUUUGACGACCUCAAUUACCGCGCCGAGGUGAUCCAGAAAAUUCGCACACGGAAAGCACCCCUGCCCUCCAAUGACUUGAUCGUCUCGCCUGCCUACUGGGCCUGGUAUGAGAGGCGAUUCCAGCAUUAUGACAUUGUCAGGAAGACUAUUAUGCAGAUUGAUCGACUAUUACAGUUGACGUCGCCAGCUGUAGGAGACGGGAGAAGGAAGACCAUCCGUGACUACGUGAUUGCGCCUCGCGGCAACGCCAUAUUGGAAUUUGCUAACACCGGCCAUUAUGACUCUCCCCUGCUUCGAUUCCGCGUUUCUAGCCACAUGCUGGCUGAGACGUCACCCAUAUUCGAGGCAGUCUUUGGUGGCCAGUUCAGUAACCCGCGGAUCCUCGAUAGAGACCUGAGGGAGCUGGAUGGCCAGAUGCCCAGCGAGCCGCCGCGCACUGUCGCCUACGCUGACGGCAACCGUGUGAAGGUGUACAGCAUGCCGCAGCUCGAGCUCAACAAGGAGGAGGCCCUGACGGUGCUCCUAUACGCUGCGCAUAUGCAGAAUGACAAGGUCCCACGCGAGAUCAGCUUCGAGCAGUUCACGGCUAUCGCAGAAGUCUGUCUGAAGUACCAGUGCACCUCCCCACUGGAGCUGUUUGUCGAGCACCGCUGGCUGCCAGCGUGGAUGCACAAGGCGAGCGAGCCCCAGCCGGACGGGAUCCUGCUCAUCAGCUAUGCCUUUGGCAUGCGGCAGCUCUUCACCCGCAUGUCCAAGACGUCGGUGCUGAACAUCGUGGAUGAGGAGCAACUGCGGAGCAAGCCUUGGCCACAAGCGAUGAAGGAUAGGGUGUGGGCCGUGAGGAACGCCAAGCUGGCGCAGGUCUAUAGUGCUUGUGCCGGCGCGGUUCAGGAAUACUUCCGGCCGCCUGGUCAGGCGAGUAGUGAUGGAGGGCUCGGGGCAAACAGCGAAGGCCAGCGGUCUGGAGCAGGUAUAUCGCCUAACCACGACCCAUCUAGGACAUCGUCCCUCCUGCGGGCGUCUUCGUCAAACCCUGCGCCCCCUAGCUAUGUCUCCCUUUUCUCCCUGACCAGCACGCCGCGCUGUCCGAGAGGGGACCACUGGUGCGACGCCACAAGCAUGGGCUGGCUGCUCCUGGUCCUCAACGAGCUGCAGCUCGCCUGGACGGUCAUCAACCCUUCCGUCAUGCCAGCCGCACAGGGCCAGCAGAGCCAGCCGCAGCGGUCGCUCGCCCAGAUUCUCGACGUGCUACGUUCAAUACCCAGUCCUCCACAUGCGGCGCACCCUGGGUCCACUGUGUGCGACCCGGCCCCCGCGUUUCGCGCCGCUGUAAAUGAUGUGUAUAACAGCAUCAGCGGGCUCACGCUGUUCGAAGUGGACGGCAAGAGGCACGGCUGGGGGCUGUCGAAGCACAGGGUCAACCAGCCACAGACGGUGCAAAAGGUCUCGCUGGGCAAGCUUAAUGGGCUGAGCCUCGCUGGCUUGAGUCUCGAGGAUGACGCGGUUGCGCCUGCGCUGAACACCACCAACGAGUACACGCGUGAACUACUAGCUAUGGAGACAGAAGACUGGGUGCCCGCAAACAACAGUACUGAAACAGAUAUAAUAGGGGAAGAAGAUGAUGAUAUGACUGACGAUAUGCAAUGGCGCCACUACAACCAACCCUCAGCCUUCGCGCCCGACGAAGCCCUCGGCCUGCGCAUCCUGCGCCACGCAGACACCUUCGACGACCUGCACGCGCUGGCGCUGGUGAGCCGCGCCUUCUACGCUGCCUUCAAGAAGAACGAGCUCGCCCUCAUGCGGCCCCUGGCGCGGCGGCAGACGCUCAGCACCCUGGCGGGCGGGCCGCCGCAGCCGCAGGUCCUCCUCCCGGAGGAGCUGGCGCGCCUCGAGCGGAUCCAGGCACGGGCGGAGGCGGAUCCUCAUGUCCCUCCUCCCUUUGUCAGCCACCAGAGCAUGGACGAUGACUCGCUCGCCGAGGCUGCCCAGCUGGAGUCUUCGUGCUCUACGGAUGUGGAAGGGGGCAUCGAGGGCGAGGGCGAGGGUGAAGAACCCCGCGAGAUGACCGAAGAAGAAGCCAGGCAGAUUUUGUGGCCGGAUCAGCCCGCCGGGUCGGACCGCAAUAGUGUACCACGGUAUCUCACCAAAGGAAAGGCGGUGGAGCCACCUGCUUGGGCCACAGUGGCGAGGGAGGACAGUGGUGAGAAAUUCCUCGCUGGGGAUAUAUCGCUGACCGAAGACAAGUCGCUAGCCGUGCUUGGUGACAAGUCUCUCGGGGAAGACCUUGACAGGAGGAAAGGCAUCACGAGUGCAUGA